AUGAGCUUGGUGUUUGAGGGUCGGGCUACUUCUAAAGAACUUCUGACAGUGAAAUUUUCUGAGUUUGGGAAAAUUGCUAGCCUGGCUUUUGCAAAGGAUGAAAAUGGGGCCUCCAGAGGUUUCGGCUUUGUGAACUUCGAUAAUCCAGAUGAUGCUAGACAGGCAUUGGAGGCAAUGAAUGGAUCACAACUUGGGUCAAAGGUGCUGUAUGUAGCAAGGGCACAAAAGAAAGCAGAGCGUGAGCAAAUAUUGCGUCGCCAGUUUGAGGAGAAACGUAAUGAGAAAAUCUUGAAAUACAAGGGAUCAAACAUCUAUGUCAAGAACAUUGAUGAUGAUGUCACUGAUGAAGAGCUAAGAGAGCACUUCAGUCAGUGUGGCACCAUUACUUCCGCAAAACUUAUGCGAGAUGAAAAAGGAAUAAGUAAGGGCUUUGGAUUUGUCAGCUUCUCUACCCCUGAGGAGGCCAGCAAGGCUGUGAGCACUUUUCAUGGAUAUAUGUUUCACCGCAAGCCGUUGUAUGUGGCUAUUGCUCAAAGGAAGGAGGAUAGACAAGUACAACUGCAGCUUCAGUAUGCACAGCAGAUGGCUGGAUUAGCGGGACCUUCAGCUAAUGUAAUUCCUGGUGGAUAUUCUCCUCUUUACUAUACAGCUCCUUCUGGUGUUGUUUCACAAUUACCCCCACGACCUGGGCUGAUGUACCAACCAUUGGGUUUGAGGGCUGGAUGGAGGGCAAAUGGCUUUGCUCCUUCAGCCAGACCAGCAUUUCAAGCAUCAACACUUUCAGUUGUAAGAGUGCUUGCUCACAAUCAGAAACAGCAUAGACAAAACCGGGGUAGGACGAAUGGGCAUGUGCUUCCACAGACUGGUGCUCACUAUAUGCAGCAUCCCAGUCAAUCUGUGGCGCCUUCAAAAGAUUCAAGCAAUCAGCAGCGGGGUGGGCAGAGCAAGUAUGUACCAAAUGGCCGUACACGUGAUAUGAAUAAAGGAUCUGGAGUGACAUCUGCUGCUUCUAACUCUGCUGAAGGGGUAGCACGAAAACCAGAGAUGCUGAACAGUAUGCUCGCUGCUGCUACUCCAGAGCAGCAAAAACAGAUACUUGGCGAACACUUGUAUCCCCUUGUGGAGAAACACCAGCCUGAUCUUGUUGCAAAGAUAACGGGGAUGCUUUUGGAGAUGGACAACUCGGAACUCCUGCUUUUAUUGGAGUCACCAGAGUCGUUAGCCGCCAAAGUGGAGGAAGCUGUGCAAGUACUGAAGCUUUCCCAGGCGAAAGUUUCUGGUCAAGAAGUCCUUCAGUCGAAUUACCUAUCUGCUGAGGUUGAAGUGAAUUGAAAAGAUAAAAUGCUUAGGACUUGACAUAAGAUUUUCUUGCUCUUUGUUUACUUUUUCUUCACAGAUAGGAAGGAAGAAUUGGUAUUUUCAUAUUUUACAUUUGAUGAUUCAACUGAUUAUUUAAAUUGUAGUG